UGCCUGGGCACAAACAUCUGACAACAAACCGAACUUUUAUCGUUGCUAUGGUCAUUGUUGCAUUUUUCAUAAUUGUCUACUUUGACAAAUCAAGUUUUUACAGAAAUAGGAAUUUUGAAUUCAUAGCUAAAAACAUUAGUAUUAUGGACAUGGUUGUUCGGGACGUAAACGUUGAUUUAUACAUGAAUGAAAGUCGUAUGCCUUUGAAUAACAAAGCAGACAAUCAAAGGUCAACUACUGGAAACAAAACAUCUGAGGAAAUCGUAACCGAAAGUUCUGAAACAGAUGAUUUUGGGAACAUCAAGUACUCCAGCAAAAAUAAAAGGAAAGCGUGCUGUCAUGACUGUUUUCUUCACGAGUUUGAAUAUAUAAUUGAUAAUCCAAGUAUAUGUAGUAACAUUCGACGGGAAACAGCAAAAUUAUUUAUAUUUGUUUUUACAGAGCACUCAAAUAUUGACAAAAGAACUGCUGUAAGAAGGACAUGGCUAUCAGUGUCGAAAAAUAACACAUCGGAAGUACGUUAUGCGUUUGUACUUGGAGAAACUGAAGAUACACAUCUUCGGGAUGUCAUUUUAAAAGAAAACGAAAUUUACCAUGACAUCAUCAAGGAAAACUUUAAGGAUAGCUAUAGAAAUUUAACAUACAAAACAAUAUUGGGUUUGAAGUGGGUGACCGAAAAAUGUCCAACUGUGCAAUUCGUAAUGAAAACGGACGAUGAUGUAUUUGUGAAUAUAAAGUCUUUGAUGUUGUUGCUGAAUAGUAGCAACGAUUUAAGAAAAAAUGACGCCAUCAUUGGGGCAUGCAAGUUAAUAGCUGAACCAAUUCGUGAUAGUCACUCAAAAUGGUAUGCGUCUGUUCAUUCCUUUUCAGAUAAUUUAUAUCCAGGUUAUUGUUCAGGCACUGGAUAUGUAAUGAGUUCAAACGUUGCAAAAGCUUUGUAUAAAAUAUCAUCAAAUGUCCCAUUUUUUCACCUAGAAGAUGUUUACAUAGCACUGUGUAUGAAAUUUCUUGGGUAUAAGCUUACUCCAACGAAUGGCUUUUUAGCAUAUUAUAAGGCUAAUUUGUGUGAAUAUAAACACAUGGAUGUUGUGACUGUACAUGGUAUAUCUUCAUAUCAUAUGGAAGAAAUAUGGAAUUCACACUGCUAAAAAGUUCUAUAUAGAAACAAAAAAACAAAACAAAAAAGGCACUUGUCUUUAUGUGGGUAUGUUUGUUUUACAAAUUGAUUGCUGUUAUCGGAUUGAAUGAAUGCGUCAUAAGUGUCAAAAUGCAUUAAAGUUGUAUAAGAUAA